UUAAGACUCACCCGGUAUACUUACUUUCCAGUUAAUCUUUUUAACGAUUUUAUUAUCGAUAAUAGUAUAGAGUGGUCCAGUACAAUAGAGGUCAUAUUACUACAUUAAUAAUUAUUGUGCUUUAUACAGGAUUGUAGAAAUAAAAAUAUUAUGAUAAACCAUCGGAAAAAAUGCUGAACACUUUGCAUAAACACUCGUGUAUUGUUUCAUCCAAACCUAACAGACUUUGCUUAAUACAAGCACUAUGGGAGAGGUACCACCAAGUCCUUCAGGAUUUAAAAGCGCUCUUAGUUUCUUCUCUAACUUAGAUAAACCCAAAUCAGCAAACUCUCUGAUUCCCAAAAAACAGCCGGGCAAUUUUGAGGUUAGUUUUAAACUAGUGAUCGACAAUCAAACAGUCACGAACGCUUCUUACGGCAUUCAACGCGAAAAUGAAGAAAUCAUGAAGUACCUUCCCCGAAUCAGAUUGUCUAAAACUCAGAAGCGGAUAUGUACCGAUGAAGCUCAUGUAUCCUGUUUGCCAUCGUUAACAGUGAGGCCUCAGGUGCCUCCUAGACCAAAAGAUUUGCGUUUAAGAAAACAGGAAGAGACUUUUUUCCUCCCGAGGCAUGCGACUCCCCUGACACCUGACGUCGAAGCCCAACAGAUCUUGGAAGCUUUCCAAAAGGAGAUCACGCCAUACAAUUCGUUUGAAGUGCCUGAAAACGCGCUGGACAGUGAGUUUCUCAAAGAGACAUUAUCCAUCGCGAACUCUGAGGUGGGAAUUAGUGACAGUGAGGACAAUUUGAAAAGGGACUCUGCUGCUUUUUAUGGACUACUUGAUUCUCAACAAAGGUAG